GGAGAACUCGUUUACGGCAGACAGUGAAGGCACAUGUGUUGCCAGAGUCAACGACGGCGUGCGUUUUUAUAGACCAACCGAUUAUCUUUAAAGGGUUUUCACCAUGUCGUUCCGAGGAGGUGGUGGUCGAGGAGGGAGUCGUGGCGGCAGUUUUAAUAGAGGUGGUGGAAGAGGAGGCGGAUUUGGAGGUGGUAGAGGUGGUGGCUUUGGAGGUGGGAGAGGUGGCGGGUUUGGCGGUGGAAGAGGAGGUGGACGAGGUGGAUUUAACCGGCAGCAGGACUAUGGUCCACCAGAACAUGUUGUCGCCGUAGGAGAGUUCAUGCACCCCUGUGAGGAUGACAUUGUCUGUAAAUGCGUGACGGAGGAAAACAAAGUUCCUUACUUCAAUGCUCCUGUUUACCUGGAAAACAAAGAACAGAUUGGAAAGGUCGACGAGAUCUUUGGACAACUCCGUGAAUUUUAUUUUUCCGUCAAGCUUUCUCAAAAUAUGAAGGCAUCCUCGUUCAAGAAGUUACAGAAGUUCUACAUCGACCCCAUGAAGCUUCUACCCCUUCAGAGGUUCCUCCCCAGGCCUCCAGGUGAGAAGGGUCCUCCUCGAGGAGGAAGAGGUGGGAGAGGAGGUGGAUUCCGUGGAGGUCGUGGAGGGGGAUUCGGUGGUCGUGGUGGAGGUUUUGGUGGACGAGGAGGUGGAGGUUUUGGUGGACGAGGAGGCGGAGGUUUUGGUGGACGAGGAGGUGGAAGUGGAGGGUUUAGAGGAGGAGGACGUGGAUUUAGAGGUGGGAGAUGAUGAAGGUCUUUCAGGACAUGGGACCUGUUUUUUAUCUGCAGAGGGAACUUCGUGGGCGAACACAGAAGCAGCUUUUUGGGGACUAAUACAGUCUUUGGACUGUUUAUUAAUGCCUCCCUUGUACAGCUGGACUUUUUACUUUUGUACCAUUUGUAUCUUUAUUUAAAUGGGUUAUUGUUUUUAGUUGCUCUUGUCUGUGUACAAGUGGCAAGUGACUCCCACAACUAUAACUGGUUGGUUUUCAUGUUUCUGAAAGCUGGACCAGGACCGGUCUGUCCAACAUCAAUCUAACCUUACUGUGUAGUGUGAAGAAAAAAGCCAGCUCAUCUGAGAUCAAUAAUGUAAAACUUCAUUGCAGAAUUCUAAAGGAUGUCAGUAUUUUCUACAUUGUAAUUCAUGUAAAUUCCACACUAUCACCAUUGACUUGCAAAAUAAAAUCUAUGAUUUUCCAACCAUGUUUUAAAUUUAACUUUGUAAGCUUAUUUGGUAAGUAAGGGAUGUGUUAUAAGACUGUUCUGAUGCACUUUCCUUUGUGGUGACAUUUUUGAUAGCGAAUACAAAUCUGCUUUUAUAAAAGUGUA